AUUAAGCGAUGAAAAGAAUGCUUAGGCUAGUAAAGAUAAUAAGCUGGAAAGGCUUCCAGUAGUUAUGCAUUUAUUAUAUACAGUCGAUUCCAGAAAUAUUGGCAUCCUUCAAGAGAAUGUACAAAAAUGAUGGUAUAACAUAAACAUUACACAUGACAAGUUUCCCCAGUUCCUCUACUACAAAUAAAAAGAAGAAAUACGCAGCAAAAUCUUGAACACCCCUAAAGUGCAUUUAAUUCAAAUUAUUUGUUGUCCUACGGUUGGAAUCGUGUGUUGUGAUGAGACCAGACGAGACUGAAAUCAAACUGUUUGACCAUGUAAGGAGUUACGAAUGUCCUCUUUUACAGUAUAUACUGUAAACUAUGGUGGUGGAUCAUGGAGCUGUUUUGGGAAGAUUAGUGACAUGAAUUCUGUACCAGGAUCAGCCCAAAGCAAAGCCUGGUUGCCUUUGCCGGGGGGUUAAAACUUAACAAUCAUCACAAAAAAAAAAAAAAAAAAUCCGUUAUAGCAGCACAAAAUCUUUUGCAACGACCAUCUCAGUGUCAGGAUUUGAACCCUACUGUGGUGUGAAUCGAAGAGAGACGUCCAUGUGCAGAAACUUCAGGAUAUAAAGGAAGGGUCGGCUUUAAGGUUUCGUGUGUGUGUGUGUUGGGGGUUUGGGCUUUUCAGUUGUGUUGAAACAAAACUAUGCAGCAUCUAUAUAGGUUUAAACUCAAAAUAGCCCAUAUGCAUAUUUAUUUAUUUUUACUGAGGGUGCCAAUAAUUUUGGAGCUGACUCUAUGAAAAGGAUUUUUUUUUUUUUUUUUUUUUUUUGAAAUCUGUCGUUGAAUUUGAAUACAUUACUAUGACGAACAUGAUGUAUUACUGCACUACACUGUGGUGGUCCUGCUAUCCUAUAUGCAUAGAAUUUAACCCACGCUGACCGUAUUCAAUGAUUUAUUUAUUGAUGAAUUGAUUUAUUCUGCAUCUCAGAUUUUUGGCUGCUAGCCCGCAUAAACAGAGUUGACCAUGACUAGCCCGUCCAUGACUAGCAUUGUCCUCGUUAACCUAGAGUUUCUAUUUCUAAGUGAAUAAAACGAAAUAUUUCUUUCUAAAGAUUGCAGCUUCUGCGACUUCUUCCUUCACAUGUCUUCGCUGUUGUUUAUGCUUUUUUUCUGGAUGAUGUUUGCCCUUCCCUCACUCAGGACGGAUCUUUUUUAUGUAUAGGCUGUGUGCAAUGCGGACAGGUGAGGUGCACCUGCCUGACAGGAAGGUCCUGUUUUGUUGUUUCUCCUGAAUGCCAAUCUUGCUAACGAGAGAGAAUAAAAAAGUUCCUGUGUGAUGCUUUGUGACGCAAAGUGACAGGUUAUAUUGAUGGUUGCCUCAGAUAGAGAUCAUAUAUCAUGAGUGCUGAAUGAGCCGGGACUCGGUGCACAGGCAAAUACGCGCACACUCGAUCUCCUACAGAUUAAUCUCUUUCUGACAGCGGCAGGGUGUUCGCUUCUUCUUCACGAUGUGUCUUAAAGCCUGGAGAUCAUUUGUUUUCUGAGCAGAAGUCGUCUUCGGAGGCUCGAUGGAAGCUCGACAUGAUGGCGUGCGCGGCAGCCGCUCUUUUGGCCCUGCUCCUGAGUUAUCUGGCAUCGUCUGAAGGUGCUCUGUCUCCUCCGCUCAACCUGAGUGUGGAGUUGCUGGACUUCAAGGCAUUGGCUCGAUGGCUUCCCGGACCAGGGAACCCAAAAGGAACCAGAUACUCCCUCAAGUUUAUAGACAUUAGCCAUUUCUCCACGUCAGCAUGGAAUCAAACCAGAGAUUGCACGAAUAUCACCUUGACACAAUGCUACCUGAUCCUCAACCAGACAAUUCAGACGGAGUAUUUUGUGAAAGUCAAGGCAGAAUGGAAGGAAGAGCGGUCGAAUUGGACGUUCCUGCCGCGUAGCUUCCAGCCAUAUGAAUACACUUUUCUGAGUGCUCCAAACAUGAUCGUGUCUACUGCACAAAAUUCCAUAUGGAUUAACCUCAGCCAUCCAGUCCAGUCACUCAUGGAAGUGCGGAUGAAAUUCUCUGUUGACCUUUUUCAAAUGACCUCUAAAAACACAACAGAGCAUAUUGCACAGAAUAUAACUGCAAGGUCUUCCCGCUUUGUGAAUCUGCCAUCUGGGAAGUACUGCAUCAAUGCUUCUGCUUUCCUUACAGCGAGGUGCAAACGCAACAACAAUGCCACCAGUUGUGUUAUUCUGCAUCAAGACCACAGAGAAAGAAAAGAUUGGGUGGUAAUGGUGGGUGUCUUUCUACUGCUGUCCAUUCCUGCUGUGAUUGGUUUGAUUGGGAUGUACUGCUACGUGAUGGCAUUUAGGAACAACGACAUUCCCAUACCACUGCAUUUUACAGAAGGAACUGUCCAAAUACUGAACACUGAGGAACUCCAUAUUUUUCCAAUUUCAUUGAUGUUCACAGAUGUAUGCCAGGCGGCUGCACAUCAGGAAAUGGAUGGGAACUCAUCUCAGGGCUACUAUGGGAACUCGCCUCAGCACUACUCUGGGAUCUCAUCACAGGGCAACUAUGGGAUCCCAUCACAGGGCUACUCUGGGAUCUCAGCACAGGGCAACGAUGGUGUAAUCAGAAGAAAAGAUCAGAACGUGCCUCCAGUCCAUGAUUUUUAUAGCACAGCUGAGAAGAUGGAAGAAACCGAUGAAUAUCCGACACACACGGAACAUCAUGCUUAUGGCUUGCCACCAAGAACCUCAUUCUCAGGUGCGAGUCUACCAACUGACCAAAAUGCGGAUAUCGAGAAUAUUUUAAACUUGGAACUAGACAAGUCUGAAGAAGAAAACAUACUGACCUCUUUGUAUUCUUUUGAGCAAACAGACUCAUACGAAGGAGAGACGGACAGCAUAGCUUCUGAUUACCUUUUCAAUAGCAACUAUGAGCCCAGGCCUGACCCGGCCUUGGUGUUUAGCAACCAAUUUAGAUCACAACAUUAAACAGUGAAGUGAACAAUGUUCAUGGUGCUUCUGUUGUGCUCAUCUGCACAACCCAGCUCAAGUAUGUAGAUUUGGGUGGAACACUGGGGUGGUUUAAUAGAACAUUUGGAGAGCAAACAACAAUUCUGAGAGCAAAACAAUUUGGAUUUAAUUAACUGUCACAUUUUCUAUAGAUGAUUGAUGACUAA